AUGACUUCGAAUGACCGCGCAGCGCCCGUGGUCAUCGCGGGGGAUACAGCUGCAGUCUCGCCCACCUGGCAGACGCCCAAUUCCAUUACCGUAAAGGGAUUCAAGAUUUUGACUCAGAAGCUCCCCAUACUCAAAGCAGAGCCCAUUGAGACUAUGACAAAAAAUCUUGGCAUCGCCCCGCCAGAAAUGAUUUUUGGCGAUAACUUCGUUUCGAUUGAACACGAAAUAAGUGGGUGGAGAAUCAAAUUUAACGCAUUUGACGCGCUAGACCGCGUGGAUAAGACGGGGGAGUCUAUGCUGAAGGUAGCGUAUUCAAGGGAAUGGCAAAAGAGCAGAGAGACUACUCACGAAGGUAUAAAGGAAGUUGUCAAGCCAUUUGACUGGUCGUAUAGUACAGACUACAAGGGAACCGUUGUAUCUGCACAGGGUCGCGACUUUGAAGCGACCUCAACUCCUAUACCGAUAGAGUUACUUAAACGCCCCGACCCAAUUUUGUUCUUCGACGACGUAAUACUAUACGAAGAUGAGCUGGCCGAUAACGGGAUUACUAUGCUGUCAUGUAAAAUCCGUGUAAUGCCAGACAGACUUCUCCUUCUGUCGAGGUUUUUCAUGAGAUUGGACAACGUUCUCUUCCGGCUUCGGGAUACCAGGGUCUAUGUCGACUUUGAAACGUCCGAAAUAAUAAGAGAGUACCAGGCCAGAGAAUGCGAAUAUGAAACAGUCCGGCAGAACUUAGCCAGCGCACGAGAUGAUAUACCAGCGAUCAUGAGAGACCCCAACAGACUCUCUGAACUUCUCCCCGUGGUUGGUAAGCGACUAGAGCGAGUCGUUCUUGGUGAAUAA